UGCCUCUCAUUGCCUGGGAGCGACUAACGGUGUACAACGAGAAACUGUUCCCAUCCUCCGCCUUCGCAGGAAAAAACGCACGGAUGUGCAUGUUCCAGGAGGAGAGUAAAAGAAAAAAAAAGAGCCUCCUCCUGGUGUUUUCUUAUUCAAAAAGGCAACGGUGCGAGGUUGCCAGUUUGGGAGCUUGUUUUCCCCUUAAAUUGGAACCCUUCAAGCUGUGACUGGGCUGAUUUGCUCGCUUUUCGUUUCUCCGCGGAGCUGCCGCCACACCGCACGGAAAUAACGGGACUCCACUCGCAGCCCGGGCUUCACUUUAAGUGGAUCAUUAAAGAAGGGAUGACGCAUCAGUCACUCACCUCACAGAGUCAACAUCCAAGCCGUCUGUAAAACUGGCUGAAUCUGAUUAACUGGGAGCCGUGGAGCCGACAGAAUCAGUGGAUUUACCUUCCUGUGGUCCAGAUGAAUCCACAAAGAACCCACAUCAAUGAAUUUUAUUAAGGACAUUCAUGAACCCAGCCCUGUAUUGUCUGAAAAAUAGGAACAGGGUAUGCUUGUUGGACAGCAGUGAUAUAUUUGAGCCCAGCCGCCUGACUCUGACUGUGACGACAUGUCUCUGCCCAAGCGGAGGAAAAUCAGGACUUUUGCUCUGCUGUGUUGUGUCAUUACAUUUACAACACUCCUGUUCAGUUACACUUUCCGGGACCCCUCGCUCUACUUCUUCAAGUACGCUUUCCAUCUGUCGGAUAACUUUUUCUCCAAAGGGCUAUGUGCCUGCCGACAGUGCAUGACGGAGCUGGAGGACGACCCCUGGUUUGCUGAGCGCUUCAAUCAGUCCGUCCACCCUCUGAUGACCAGGGAGAACAGCGUCCUCUCUGACGAAACCUUUAAAUGGUGGCAGUGGUUGCAGUCAGAGAGGCAGCCGGCCAACUUCAGUGAAGUGGUGGAGGAGCUGUUCCAAGUCAUCCCUGACGAGGUGCUCUACAUGGACGCCAGCCCUGAGCGCUGCAGGACCUGCGCCGUGGUGGGGAACUCUGGGAAUCUGAAGGGGGCCCAGUACGGCGGCCUCAUCGACUCCAGUGAUUUCAUCAUAAGAAUGAACCAGGCGCCCACCACUGGUUUUGAGGAGGACGUGGGUGCCAGAACAACGCAUCAUGUCAUGUAUCCAGAAAGUGCCAUAGACCUAGACAACACCACCAGUCUAGUGCUGAUCCCUUUCAAGACUCUGGACCUGCAGUGGAUCAUUAGUGCUCUGACCACGGGCACCAUUAAACACACAUAUACACCUGUUGCAGCCAGGAUAAAGGCAAACAAAGAUAAGGUGUUGAUUUACAGUCCAACAUUUUUCAAAUACGUCUAUGAGUCUUGGCUCGAGGGUCAUGGACGAUAUCCCUCCACUGGCUUCCUCAGCUUACUGCUCGCUAUCCACAUAUGUGAUGAGGUCAGUGUGUUUGGAUUCGGUGCUGACCAGUACGGAAACUGGCACCACUACUGGGAGGAGAACCAUUUGGCCGGAGCCUUUCGACAUACGGGAGUCCAUGAUGGAGAUUACGAAUAUAAUGUCACCCUGCUGCUGGCAGACAAGCACAAAAUCCGAAUGUUUCGAGGCAGAUGAUACCGAGCCCAUAUGUGCAGCGGAAUGACCACCAAAUGAACCUCAGCAGCCUUUCACUGUUUAUUUUUCCACCGCCUCACGCUGGAAGAACGCUUUUGUCAUGAUUCCCAAAGACAUUCUCACAUGAACUCUUCUGGUCUGUCCAGUUUCUCUUUCUUCACUUAACACAGUGUGUAAGAAAUGCCACCGCUAUUGACAAACCAACAGAGCUUCCGUCUCUGUGUGCUGAGACACAGGCAACGACAGACCAUCAGUAAGACAAAAGCAACACUGCCAUUUGUUUGAGUAAUCCCCACUGAAAUUUGUCUGGGAGUGAACAGACAAGACAAAGACGUCUUGUCAACAAGCAUGCUAUACAUAAACAGCUUUAGUACUCUUGUAUAGUAUGUGUAUAGUCUUUAUGUUCUUUUUUUAUGAAUGGCUAGCAUUGUGGCCACCUUAAGCUUUGUAUGGUUAUGGUCACCGACAAUAAAUACGCUCUGCUGACAGCAGGAGACAAAGUGCCAUGAUUGAUCUGUUGAUGUAUAGACGUGACAAGGAAGUAUAAUGGAAACUGUUUUCGUCCAAACUGACAGAUAACAAACAUAAAAGAAUCCAGACUCUGCUCUAAAUAACUAUAGCUGUAUAACUUUCCAUUGUAAAGGCAGAUAUGAGAAUCAGCUCUUUUUCCAUCACACUGACCAAUUCUGACCAAAUUCUCAUGAACUACUUGCACUAUAAGAACUACUUGCAUCUUGCUUGUCUGAUUACAGCUGGUAAAAUAUAGUUUGACAUAGCCCAACAUAUCCUCAUACAACAGUUCGUAUGUUAUCAAACAAAGUAGUGCCCACGAAUUAUGUAUGUGACAUAAAGUUACGUACCUAACCUUAAGUUACUUAGGUUGGGUUUAGGCAAGUAAAGCAACAUAUCCUCAUACAACAUUUCGUAUCAUGUCCUACAGAUCAGCGGCCCACAAAUUACAUGACAAUCUUAACUUAAAGUUAGGUAAUUAACGUAACGUUACGACAACACAUUCUCACUCCAACCUCGUCACAUAUCGACGUUCGGAUAUGGACUUUCUAGGUUGAGAUAUGAAGUGCAAGGUACCCUGGGUGUGUUGUUGUUGUUGGCGUCCUAGGACGUUGUGUCAACUUCAGCCUGAUACAUGCAUUGUCUGUUACAUGCAAAAUAAAUGCACUACAUCAGUACAAUACCGCGAAUUGACGUUUUUUUCCUUUAACAACGUAGCCACACACACACAUGCACAUGGUUGGGUUCAGUAAAAAAAAAAACGUGGUUUGGCUUUACAACCAAACAGGAAGUGAACACCGGCCUCCCGGGUGAAUGUCAGUGGUUAAUGGAUCCAUCCACCACGCUUCCCACCCACCCUACUCUGACCUUUUGCCCCUUAACUUUCGUUUUUGUCCCACCACGCUUCCCCCUGACGCCGCUGGGCCAUUAAACAAUAACGGCAACCACCCGUGUAUCAUGCGAACGUGAAAGGAUGGCUUUUUUUUGUCAGUGUCUGACGCCGGAGGUCACUGGACAAGCGCUGGUUUUGAUGACUUUGGGGUGAGACUGGCUUGGCUAUGGAGGUUAGCUUUAGGCAAGUAAAGUUACUGUGGUUAGGUUUAGGAAAAGCGAGGAUGCCCACACAGUUCCGAACAUCGGCCUUCUGGGGAAAGUCCUGUGUUUUGAGAACCAUCCACCACUCCAACCUGCCUCCCAGCUGGAUCACUUGGAACUGUCUCUUUCUUUACUCCUGUCAGCGCACUCGAUAUGUAAUCACAGCCAUCCAAAAAACAUGGGUGAUGUAAAAAAAUUACUGGCAUAUCAUUACAUGGAAUAUGUACGAAUUCUGGUGCUUUACCUUUCGUAGGAAACAUACAAACAGUGCAUGAGAACAGCCUGAGUAAAGUUACAUAGGUUAGGUUUAGGAAAAAACAUGGUUCUGAAUACCAGUCUCCUGAGGGAAAGUCCUGUGUUUAUUUGGCCCAUCCACCCCCCCAAUCUUCCUUCUUAUGAGGAAUUACAUUCUUUAUUCUACUUCCUUCUUUGCUUCCUACAGCGCAACCAACUGAAAAUCCCCCCAUGUACAGUACCAAAUGUGUAGGAGAACUACAGUGGCUAAUGUGAAAACACUCAUGGCCCUAUCUAGAGCCAGUCUGAUUCUUAGUUUAUGUGAUUAUACACUAAAGAAAACAUUGUUGUGAUUAUAUUUAUGCCUUAAAUCCUACACAACGGACCUUGAAAUUAAUUCAGAAUCAGACCCACAGAAUAUAUUGUACUACCCAUGGGGCUGUAGCCAAGGUUUUAGAAGUCAGUUCAAGUCUCCCAAACAUAUGGCCAACUUCACUUUUGUAGUCAAGUUUUGACCACAGAAAUAAAAUCAGUAAAGUUAUUUCGCUUUGUCAUAUUUCUUUUAUGCAUUGAUUUGUUAAGUUAUAUUUCCUUUGAAUUUUAUUUCUUAACAUGAUAUUCAGUAUGAUGUUUCAAAGCCCUCUCCACACCACCAGAAAUAAAAUUCUGGUUAUGACAUACUAAAUACUAUUAAUAUUUGUCAAUUUUUUAUAUAUUAAGUAAAAAAAAAUCUGAAAUUAGUCCCCAAAACAGAAACUGUGCACAUUUAUAGCCAUGCUUGCAGUAUCACUUGGUUGCUCACCCCACCACUUUGGUCCAGACUAACGCAUGGAUUGAUAGAGAUAAAGAAGAUAAAUCUCAGUAACUUUCCUGACCUCUGAUGUUCGCUCUUGUCCCACCAGCAGAUUGACGUUUGUAGUUUUGACUGCGAUAUGUCAACAACUACUGGAUGGACUGCAGUGAAAUCUGGUGCAGAGUCCUGUCCUCCUUGGGUUGAAUUGCAAUUUAACUUGUCCAAUACUUCAGUAGCAAUCAAGCAUCUGCAAAACUAUUGACAUUCACAUCAGCCUGUAUUUGUAUUUUGUCCUAAUGAGCAAAUAUUAGAAAACCACUGUGCUUAUAAGUACAGCCUCUUGGUCUUCUUUCAGAUUGUAGAAUUUAAGAUUUCUCAUCAAAAUUCCCCAGAAAAAAACAGAGGUCAUGAUCUCACCGCCCACAGUACGGCCCGAAAUACCCGUGACCUGGUAGCUUCCAGUGGUAGUACUACACGCAAACUGCGGCUGCAGCUAUCAGCGCAGUGCUGGGGCAGUGUCAAAGGUCACACCACAACUGUUCAAGAAAUCUCGGAUCGCAGAUUAUUAUUUUUUGAACUACAUGGCUCAUUACAAAGUGAGCAGUCAUUAAUGAGAGAACACAUCCACUGGCACUAGACCUGCAGCAAGAAGUGUUGUGUUGUGGUAAAAGCCAUCAAUACGGUUUUCAUGCCACAGUGUUAUGAAAAAAUGAUGCAAGUUUGAAGUGAAACACAAACACCAGGUUCUUGAAGUUGUUGUUGAAGUUGUAGACGUUCAUCAUGCAUCAUUGAAACCUGAUGUAUUUACAGGGGUGCCUUAUCAGUGAACAUUAAUGUGACAUAUACAUGUGAAUAACAAGGUGUUAAGUGCCUUUAAUGGGAGAUUUUAAGACUUGAUUUUUACCAUCAAAUUGUACUGUGUUGUAAUUAUUAACAUCCGUAUUAUUAAAUGUGUCAGCAACCUUUAUAAGUUUAUGUUCUUGUUGUGUGUACAGUGUCAAUUUAAAGGAUCAUAUGCAUGAUACAUACAGUAUAAUCAUCUGAAGUGAUGAGAUGUUUUGUACACACCAGAGAAGAAACUGUUGGGCAUAUACAUGUGGGCGACAUCCCUGGCUCUGGUCUCUGCAGUUUUGAUGACACACAGCUGCCCAAGCUUGAAAUUAUUAGCUGCAUUUGCUGAACUUGUUGUAGAUGUGCGAAUGCUUUAUGACCCCGCGUUAUCAUUUUCAUCAACAAAUCUCUGAUCUGAAACACCCUAAGUGUUAUUUCAGAUUGGCCAGGAAUAGAGCUUGCUGGUGCUUAUGUGAUAGGCUAUGAUUUGCUCCAUGUGCCUUGAAACGUAAUGGGACAUUUGCCCGGUCAUGGUCUUUUUUUUUUUCCUCCUCUCCAUGUGAGAGCGUGCUGAUAAGAGGCAAAACCACAAUGUUUGCUCAAUUCAAAUUUGCCAGCCACUUUGAAGACAACAGUGGUGUGCAUGUGUUCUGCAGGGGACACUGUCACCUAGUGGACAAGUACAUGAAUCAGCAUCAACAUCACUGGAUUCGUCCAUUAUGAGUCAAAUGUGACACUUUUAAAACUGUGUUCAAACAUGACUACAGAGUCCGUCACUCACCUGUGUGUGAUCCCCAUCUUGUUGAGGUUUUACUGGUUGAGAAGUUAUAUAAGACCCAUUAAAGCAAGAAUCUAAUUUCUAUGUUUGCUGUGUAUUUUUCCGAGUAUGAAGAGGUCAUUAAUAUUGACUUGUGUGGGAGAGCUGGAUAAUGAAAAACUUGCAUUAUUCAGUUAUUCAGUUAUCAGUGCACAGUACAGAAACACACAGCUGGAGUUUUUUUUUUCUGAAAAGUGUGAAAGGACAAAGAGGUUAAUUGAUUAUAAAUUAUUCACAGUUUUAUGCACAUUUGUGUGGGAGGCUAUAAU